GCUGUGAGCAUGCGCAGUGAGGUGUGAGUGUGUGUGUGGAAGCGGUAGCGGUAGCUGGUCGGGGAUUCAGCGCUUUAUUUUGUGUUUAUGAUAAAUAUUGAGUUUUAUAAACUGCGGGACUCAGCGGUGUGAUAGAGAGCGGUGUCUCCGCGGUCAGAAGCGGGUUAAUCAGUGUUUUUAGCGGUUGUUAGAGGUGUAAUCAGCGCGGGUCUGUGUGAGGGGUUUUGUCUCCGGUAGCGGUUUGGUUAGAUUAGCUGUAGUUCUCUUUGUCAGUCCGGUUUUUACUUUAAUAUUAUUUAUAAUUUAGUUUUUAUACAGAAUAAUCCGCAGCGCUACAGAACAGCGGGCAGGAGAACAUAAACCGAGAGGAUUUAAACCGCGGGUUUAAGCUGAACUUUAGCAGGAGUUAAAGGAGUUAAACGCCGGUCGGUAGUUCAGCCCGAGCUGCUGAAUAAACCGCAUUAACUCAACAAUCCGAAUUCAGCUCUGAGAUUUUACACCACCGACAACAAACACGGAGCAACAAAGCGAAUUCAGUAUGAGUUAUAAACCCAUAGCUCCUGCUCCUGCCGGAUCCAACCACACACCACCGGGAUCCUGCGGCUCUUCACCGUCCCUGCCCUCCUCAUCCAACUUCAGACCAGCAUUCAGUGACUUCGGUCCACCAUCGAUGGGUUUCGUACAGCCAGUGAAAGUGUCACAAGGCUCCACCUACAGUGAGCUGCUGUCCGUUAUUGAGGAGAUGAGCCGAGAAAUCCGCCCCACCUACGCCGGCAGCAAAAGCGCCAUGGAGAGACUCAAGAGAGGUAUAAUCCACGCUCGUGCUCUGGUGAGGGAGUGUCUAGCUGAAACGGAGCGAAGUGCUCGUACAUAACCCCCGUCCACAAAGUCUCUUCUUUAGUCUUCUGUCUCCUCACUGCGUCCUCUCUCUCUCUCUCUCACUCAUCUUUUAAAUAAUUCAUUCAAUUUCAUGCUUAAUCCCCCUCUUUGCAUUUUUCUUAGUCAUGUUUAGAUCAGCCCCCCACUGCAUAAGAGCUCCCACCACCUGAUCAGUGCUUAUUCCUGUUAGCACAACAGUUUUGUAAACUUUUGCAGUUCCGUAUUUAAAUACAAAAACAAUAAAAAUGUCAGAUUUUACAAUUAAA